CGACACAGCAGCGUUCCAGCCAUGGCCUUCUUUGGCCGGGCCGGCGACACGACAUGUAACGUUGACUUAUUUUGCGGGGGUUUCUCCGGUUGCACGACGCCGAAUAAUAUCAUGAAUGGAAGUCCGGUAUAAGAUGCCCAAGUUCCCCGGAUCCAAUGCGAAUGCUGUGAGGCCGCAAUUGCCCUCCGGAACCCUGCUACCCAUCCCUAGCAAUACCACAGCGCCCAUCGUGGGCUCAUCACCAUGCACCUCGGGAGGUCUCCGUUAACGCUUCAGGUGUUGUUCAGCGCCAUCCUCCACACCACCACGACUACCGCCGCAGACCCUAGCAAGGCCCUAGUAUCGACACCAGGCCAAAUAGCACCCGUCCCUGCAUGGAACUUGCAGUCAUCAACGAAGGCGGGAAGUGAUUUGGCGGUACUCUCUCGUCCCGGCGUUGACACCUCGGGAUGGCUCCACGUCAACACGUCCAAGUGCACCCUGAUGGGCUGCCUUCUAGAAGCCGGCAUCUACAACGACACUGAACUAUUCUACUCCGACAACCUCCGAAAAGUCGACAGCAAACAAUUUGAAGUCCCUUGGCUGUACCGACAGGAAUUCGGACUGGAUCCAAGAGCUGGGAAAUACUUCCAUCUUCUCACGCACGGAAUCACGUCCCGCGCCGACGUGUAUCUGAACGGGAAGCAAGUGGCGGACAAGAAGGCACAGGCUGGUAGUUAUGGAGGUCAUACGUACGAUAUCACUGAUCUGGUGGGCGAGACCAAUGCAUUGGUCAUCCAGGCAUAUCCUACGAGCUACUACUACGACUUUGCGCUAGGCUGGGUGGACUGGAAUCCAUGGCCUGCAGACAACGGCACAGGAGUAUGGCGAGAUGUGGAAGUCAAGCAGACAGGAUCUGUUGCUCUUGGGCCUCUACGGGUGGUGACCCAGCUCGAAACGGCCCUGGAUAACUCUCCCGCGAACGUGACACUGAAGUCCAGAGCCCAGAACUUGGAGAAGAUAGCUGUAGCCAUCACCGUUACCGGUACCAUAUCCCCGGAAGGCUACGCCGGCCAGUCGAUAACCUGGUCUCAAACCGUCACCCUCCCGCCUCUGUCUAUCACAGACGUGACCCUUACCACCACGAUCCCGAAGCCCGCCAUCUGGUGGCCAAAGCAAUGGGGUUCCCAGCCCCUCUACAAUGCCCAGCUCUCCGUCUUUGUUUCCAACAACACGCUCUCCGACCAGGCCUCCGCAACCUUCGGCUUCCGCACCGUCACCUCCAAGCGAAACCCCUUCAACGACACCACCUUUUUCGUCAAUGGUCGCCCCUUCCAAGUCCUUGGCGCCGGUUACGCACCCGACAUGUUUCUCCGUUUCUCUCCCACCAAGUUCGAAUCCGAAGCCCGAUACGUUCUCGACCUCGGCUUCAACACCAUCCGCCUCGAAGGCAAGAACGAGCACCCCCAGCUCUACGAAAUCGCUGAUCGUUUGGGUCUCAUGAUCCUGGCGGGAUGGGAGUGCUGCGAUAAGUGGGAGGCUUGGAGUUAUAACCAGGACCUGGCGGUGCUGACGCCGGUAUGGAGCGAGGAGGAUUACGGCAUUGCCAACGCGAGUAUGUUCCACGAGGCCGGGAUGCUUCAAAGCCACCCGAGUGUGCUGGGUUAUCUGAUUGGGAGCGACUAUUGGCCAGAUGACAAGGCGGCACCCAUGUAUGUGAAUGCCCUUGGAAGCCAGGACUGGCAGACACCUGUGCUAGCGUCGGCUUCGAGGAGGGGAUUCCCCGCGUUCAUGGGCUCGCCGGGGUUGAAGAUGGAAGGGCCCUAUGACUGGGUGCCUCCCAACUACUGGUAUGAUACCGAACCGAGUGGAAGUCGUCUCGGAGCAGCAUUCGGGUUUGGAUCAGAGCUGGGCGCGGGAGUCGGUACCCCAGACUUGUCCAGUCUGAAAAAGUUUCUCUCUCCAGUGGACCUGACAGACCUUUGGAAGAACCCUAACAAAGACCUGUUCCACAUGUCUACGGAGACCUCGAGCUUUCACAACCGCAAGAUCUACAACGCCGGUCUCUGGAAACGCUGGGGGGCUCCAACUUCUCUCGAGGACUAUGUCCAAAAGACCCAAAUCACCGACUACGAAGCCACCCGCGCCCAGUUCGAAGCGUACGCCGCCAACUGGAACUCCAAGCGGCCUGCCACCGGCAUGAUCUACUGGAUGCUGACCGGCGCCUUUCCGAGCUUGCACUGGUCCAUCUGGGACUACUACAUGCACCCGGCCGGGGCGUACUUUGGUGCCAAAGUGGGUAGCCGAAUCGAGCAUGUGGCGUAUGACUACGUCAAGAAGAGCGUGUUUCUCAUCAACAGGUCGUUGGACAAAGAAGGGGCAAGAAGUAUCGAUGUUCAAGUGGUAGAUGCAAGUGGCAAGACGCUAUACAGUAACACGGUCAAGACGACGACCAAGCCCAACACAAGCAAAGAGGUGACUUCUUUGACUUCUGCCCUCAAGAACAUCAAAGACGUCGUCUUCCUCCGUUUGGUUCUCUCGGAUCCCUCCUCCAAAGACACCGAGGUGCUGAGUCGCAAUGUCUACUGGCUGUCCAAGACCAUUGAUACUCUUGACUGGGAUAACUCCGACUGGUUCUAUACGCCUGUCACCAAGUACAGCGACUACACGGCGCUGAACAAGCUCGCUGCGGCGAAUGUGAGUGUGACAGCCUGGUCCCGUGGACGCGGCCCAAAGGGACAUGUCGGGUCGGCGGUGCGGGUUACUCUAGAGAACAACUCUUCUGUUCCGGCGUUCUUCAUCAGUCUCAACUUGGUGGACAAAGAGGAGAAGGAUGUGUUGCCCCUGACUUGGAAUGACAAUUACUUGACGCUGUGGCCGAAGGAGAAGGUCACGGUUGAGGUUAGGCCUUUGGGGACGGUGGAACCCGCAGCUGUUCAAGUAGUUGGAAAGAAUGUCAAGGGGACAACGGUGAAGGUUGGUUGAAGAUGCGAAAUCGAAGCUCUUGAGUUGAGAGGAGUAUGCGAAUCGAAUCUGGAGUCUGCUGACUUUCAUUUGUGAUGAGGAAGGUGCCAUGUUGGGACGGGGAACCCGGAAAAGAGACAAGCCCCAUGGAUUGGGCGGUAAGUAUGGAGGGAAGGAACAAUGCGGUUGAUGGUCAAUUUCCAAUCUUGACGAUCGGCCAUCAAAGGCUCUUUCCCUCCUCACCUGA